CUUCGCUAGCGACCAAUAUUUGGUUCACUAACCAUGGCUAAUCGCAAUCUGGUUAAAGUUUUUCUGUUCGUAACAUUACUCGGCCUAAGUCUAAUGCCAUUUUGCCAGGCACAUCCAAAACGCGGUCGUAAGCGGGCCUUUGGUGUGGGUCUUCUGGGUGGAGCUUUAGCUGGCGCUGUCAUAGGCAAUGUUGUGGCCAAGUCUCGUCAGGCUCCCGCUGCCGCUCCUGCUGCUCCGGUAGCAGUAGUGCAUCAUCACUAUCCGCCAGGUGCUCCACUAGCCCCUGCUCCUCCAUCCCAGCCAGAUCCCAAAAAGAUGACUGUCAUCGAAACUGGCACACCCGAUGCUAACGGAUGCUACACGCAAACUAUUCGGGAACCCAAUCCCAGUAAUCCAAAGUCCUACACGGAGACACAGCACCUGAUCUGUCCCACGUUGCAGCAGGCCAACCAGCCAGCACCAGCAAUCGCGCCAAGUAUUGCCCAGGUUCCUGUGAUGCCGCAGCCUUCACCGGUUUUCCCUGCGGUAUCUCCAGCUGCUGCUCCGGCCAAUGUUGCUCCAGCGGCUCCAGCUCCAGCUGCUCCAGCUCCAGCUGCUCCAGCUCCAGCUGCUCCUAUUGCUCCGGCUGCCGUAGCUGCCCCUGUGGUUCCUGUUGCUCCAGCUGCCCCUGCAGUUGUUCCUGUCGCUCCUGUCGCCCCUGUAGUGGUUCAUCCUGCUCACCCCGUGCUCGUCCAUCCGGCAGCCGUUCCAGUGGCUGCUCCAGGUCCGGCCCCGAUUGCUCCCGCUGCUCAGCAAAAUCCUGGUCAGCCCCAGGUCAUCCUACUCUCGAAGAAAACCGUUUACUAUCCCAAGAAGCGAUCAUCUGCGCCCACACUCAAUACUCCGCAGGGAGUGCUAGCAAUGCUAGUGAUUUUCUACUCUAUCAAGGCUUUUGCAUUUUAAGUCCCUAUCCGGUUCAAGAUUAUAAUUAAUUUAAGAUACAAAACUUUUUUUAUUGACGGUCUUGUU